GGCACGGUGGACCUCACCCAGGUGCUCGCCGUCGACAACCUCCUGGGCACCUCCGCCCGCAACGCACAGCACGACCUCGAGGUGUCCGACAAGGAGCAGCCACGGCAGCCGAGGCACACCGCCGCCAAGAAGAUCCGGUCCGCCCUCGCUGCGGUCUUCCAGGGCGCGGUGGACAAGGCCAAGAGCGCCCUGCAGGACCACGGGCGCCACAGGGCCAGGCUCGAGGGCUCGAGGACGCCACCUCCAACGCCGUACCAGGAGGCGCAAACGCUGCGGGCCAGGGAUCCGCGAGCUCGGCCCGCGGCGCCCCCGCUGCUGGCGCGGCCGCGCCUGCUGCUGCAACGGCUCCUGCAGAUGCUCCUGCCCAUAGCAACAUCCGCGACAAGCUCAAGGCCGACCUCGAGAUCACCAGCGCCCGGGGUCGUCGUUCACGCCGGCCUCCACGCCACGAGCGGCGGGCCCCAGCAGCUCGCCGAGCGGUCCGACGAGGCCGCCCUCUUCUACGCGAACAUUAGAGAACGGGGCCCCCGAGCAGAAUGCUGGGUGGCCACAGAGGGCAAGAAGCACCAGCUCCUUGCUCUCGUCGAGACCCACAUCGGCACCGCCAACGCUUCUCACACCUUCCUGAAGAUUGGUAAGGACGACUGGAAACCCUCCAAGUGCGACGCACUCCCGAAGCACCGCUACACCGAGAGCGUGCACGAGGCGGGCCCCUGCUGCGGCUUCGCGCAGAUGGCCUGGCACCGCAAGACGGGCAAUAUCGUGGCCAUCACCUACUACGCCGAGCCGCGCGACUCCAUCGCGGGGCCCGUCCUGGA